UUGAAUUUUAUCUAAUGCUGACAGCCGGGGAGUGUUGAGUGUGUAUCCGACUAUUUCUUUGAUUUUCAAUGAAGGGUUGAUCGAGUAUAUGUUGGGAUUUAAUGUGGGGUUGUCUAUUCAUUAAACCUACCAGGAAUCAAGCAAGCUAACAGUCUGACACCUCACUGUGCGAUGUGAUACUUCUUUAGGUUGAUAGCAAGCUAGCUACGGUUUUGCAGCACUAACAAAACUUUAUUUAUUUGAUUUUAUAACUUAUAUUUCAUGUUUUCUCAAUGGAGACAUUUUAUAAUUGGUCGAUAAAAUAACAAUACGGUUUACUGCUUAUUUACAAUAAUGCUAGCUGCGUUGUGUUUGGUCUAGCAAGCUAACUGUUCAGAUAUUACGGCAUUUUGUCGAAAAAACCGAGUGUAUAUGGUUUUAAUAGAUACGUUAUACGCUAAGGUCGGGAUAUAAUGUCUGUGUUUGCCAGCUGGAUUCGUGCACCUUAUCUAAUCGAGUAACGUUAAUCGUCAUGAGUAAUACUACACAGAGGAAAAGACGAACAACUUCAACUUCAUGCUCCAGACGCAACAACAGCAAGAGGAGCCAGAAUCAGGUGUCUGUGAUGGAAACUAUUGAUGUGCUUGAAAAUGAAAGAACAAAUAGUGAAGAUGUGGUGGAUUUAACAUGUGAAGGGUUAGAACCUGCAGUUGUUGACCUUACCAAUAAUGAUUCUAUUGUGGUUGUAGAAGAUGGUGUGCAAAAUCGGCCUGCACAGGGCACAGAAAGUUAUGUACUUAGCAGUGAUGAAGAAGAAGAGUCCAGUUUAAGACUCAGUCCAGGCUUACUCUCCUCUCUACAAGCCAGCUCCCAAGCCAGGUCUACACCAGGGGCAGUUAGCUGUCCUGUUUGCAUGGAUGCUUAUUCAGAGAUUAUUGACAGCGGACGGCUCAUGGUUUCCACAAAAUGCGGUCACCUGUUCUGCAGUCAGUGCAUACGGGACUCUCUCAGUAGAGCUCACAGCUGUCCCACUUGUAGAAAGAAACUCACACAUAAACAGUAUCACCCUAUAUAUAUCUAAUGGUAAGAAAUAAACCAUGAGGCAGUCAUUGAAACCAGCAUACAUUUAAAUAAAGUCCACUUGUCUCUUACAAAGUUCUACUGCACUCUCCCAUCAAACAAUUGCAUAUGGCAUGUGAUUCUGGUUUCCUCAUAUUUCAUGCAAAAAUGACAUGUCAAAAUUCGCGCAAAUAUGCCACCUUGUCCUGGAAAAAAAUAUUUUAAAAUUGUGAAUUGUUUUGGAGUAAACAAGUAUUCUGAAUUGAUACUAAUGUGGAGUUGUCUGGGUGUGAGGACUUGGCUGAUAAUAUAUAUAUAUAUUUUUUGGUUACUCAGCUGGCCAGUUUGGAAGUAUUGAGCAAAGUACCUAUAGUGUCAGUUUUAAAUUGUAAAUGAAUGACCAACCAUCACAAAAAUGGAAAUAUGAAGCCGUCAUUGUUUAAUAAAAUGUGUGAGCUUUCUGUGAUGUUUGGGAUAAAAUGCACAUUCAUCUGGGGGACAAAAAAUGUAUUCCUCCUCUACAUAUUCAUUUGUAUAGCCUAAGUGCCAACUGUAUUGGCUUUUGUUAUUAUUACUCAUGGUUAACAUGUGAUUUAUCUUUAGGACAUUGGCAUCAAUAUACACGGGUUCUUGAUUGACCAUUAAGCAUACCGUUAUUUACAAGGAUAGAAAGUAUGUUGGAUGUCACAUUCUGUCCUGGGGAAAGUUAUUCUACACACAGGAACACUUAAGAAAUCUCUUAAAUUUGCUCUGUGGUCAGAUAUUUGAAUGGUAACGAAUUCUAAUAACAGAAGGCUGGUUUGCCAAUUUACAUGUAAAUGUUUGUAUAUAGUUUCAUGUAUAAAGCAUCUGUAAUUUAAAUGUUGGCAGUGUAAAGACCAUUGAUUUUGUUUCAAUAAACGUUUUGAUCACUGA